AUGACACGAGAAAAAAGAGAAAAACUUGCUCAACGAAUUUGCAAUUUUUAUGUCGAUUCAUCAAAUAAAUCUUGCAAAACAACAGUUAAUUAUUUUAUAAAACAGGGUGUUCCAAGAAGAACUAUUUAUAACAUCUUACAAAGGUAUUUAAAACAUGGACGAACAAAAUUUUUGCCCAAAACUGGUCGUCCAUUAAAACUUUCAAAUAAAGAAAUAAAACAGCUUGUUAAAUCUGCUAACAAUCGUUGUGGCAUUAGCCAACGUAAAUUAGCCAAACGUUAUGAUGUUAAUCAAUCAACUAUUAGCCGUAAUUUACGUCGUCGAACAUCAUUGGUUAUUAGAAGACGUAGAAAGGCUCCAAGAAUGGAUAAUAAAGCUCACGAAAAAAGAGCGAGAAAAAAUUGUGGCAAGUUAUACAAAACGACUGGCCGUCAUUGUGAUAUCAUUGUAGAUGAUGAAAAAUAUUUUACACUGAUUAAUGCUAAUGUUGGAGAGAAUCAAUCUUAUUAUUCAACUGAUCCAAAAGCAGCACCUGAUAAUAUUAAAUUCAAAACAAAGAAAAAAUUUGAACCGAAACUCAUGAUCUGGAUGACUAGAGGGGUGUGGGUGUGA